AUGGAUGACCACAAAUUCAACAUCCCCAGUACUACUCUCAAACAAAAAUUCAAAAGCUCUCUCUGUUUCUCCUGCUGCUUUCCCCACCACCACCGUCCUCCGCCGCUUCCACCGCCUUCGUCCUUCGAUGAAAACUCCUACAAGUGGCGGAGCAUCUUCAGUUUUCUUAACGGUAACGGUAAUAGACACAAACGCCAUUCGUCUACUGAGUUCCGUUAUGAUCCGUUGAGUUACUCGUUGAAUUUUGAAGAUGAAGCUCCUUUCACCAACUUCUCUUCUAGACUUCCUCUGUCGCCGGUGACGGAGACUGUGACGGUGAAGCAUUUGGGUAUUGCUGCUCCGGCUGCUUUAUGA